AUGGCCAGAAGUCUUCCGCUACAUGAUGGCCAUUUAGAGGAAGAGUACAUAGACAUGGAAGUGAGUUCAUAUUCCAUCUUUCAUGGCCACUCCACCAUUACUAAUCCUCCUCAAACCCCCAGAGAAUUUGAGUUCCAAAUGUCUUCAACCUCAUUAGAUCACAAAGAAGCCUCUACCUCACCAGCUGAUGAGCUGUUCUACAAAGGCAAACUCCUUCCUCUCCACCUUCCUCCACGCCUAGAGAUGGUCGCGGAGCUCCUUGACGUCGACCACAAUGACAAAUACUACGAAGAAUUCUACAGCACUCCUCUAAUGACAACUGCCCCGACGCCAACGGCAAUGAGCACUCCAUUUGACUCAUGCAACGUGUCGCCCUCCGAGUCUUUCAGGAUCAGCGGAGAGCUCAACUUGGAUGGGUAUCUCGGCGACUUAUCGGCGGUCGGAACAAGCGAUUUUGUGAAGCAAAGCGCGAAGACCAAGUCAUGGACAAGAAGAAUUAAGACAAUCAAGCAGUCUUUGUCCAAGCUCAAGGCUUCUCCAGCCUACGUCCAUGCCUUGUUUGGCAAAUCCAGCUGCUCAGACGAGUCCUGCACGGAAACGGCUCGAAACCAUGCUUUGAAGUUAAGGGAGUCUCGUGACCAGAGUGACAAUUCGGUGAAGAAAAACAAGUUCGGCCGAGUUUUUGGCAUGGUUGGAAGAUUCAAUGAAGAGAAGGCCUUUGCGAAUGGUGGUGGAUCUUGGCGCAGGAGGACGUUUACCAUAUCGAGGAAGCAGCUUGAGAUCUCAAUGUCCUCCUCGUCAUCGUCAUCUUCCAACUCUUCCUUGUCUUUGUGCUCGAACGACUCCAACAGGUUCGGUGAAUUUCAGCUUCCGACCAGAAGCAGCAAAGGGUAUAUGGAAGUAGAGUCACCAAUUCAGGGAGCAAUUGCUUAUUGCAAGCAGUCUCAAACAUGUUCUAAUUUAGGAGGAGUAAGUUAA